ACUGGAUAUAAGCAUUUAAACAUACUUUAAUAGUAAAUAUACACACAAGGCUUUAUUAUGGAUCUCUGUAUGGCAGAUCUGACCAGGCCUCUGAUGUAAACAAACCCUCAGCUGAUGUCAGAGGCUUAGUAAUCAGGUUUAUCACGUACACUGAUGUUUGUCUGAUUCACUCCCAGCAUCCCCUGACGACUGAGGCGGCUGUGGAUCCAGACAGGUGAGACAUUUGCAACAAAGGCACGGCCUGUAACGAGAAACACCUGACUUUUUGUUGAUUUUUCGGAUGCAGGUUAUUUGUUGGUGCUGUGAUGAACAUUUUAGAGGACGUCCCUUUUCAGACCCCCAUGGGUUUGUUGGGGGUUGAAGUGCAGCUUUUGAGUCCUCCAGAGAUUACUGCUCCAGACUGCCAUCAGAUUCUGCAAGAAACUGAGUAUGGAUUCAGCCUGGAGCAAUGGAUUUUAACCGGUCAGUGGCCAGUCUCUCCAUCCUGUCCUCCCUUCUGGCUGAUGCCCAGCAGCCCCCAGAGGGCUCACAAGUUCAGCCUCAGGGACAGUGAUCUGUGGGUCCCCAGGCCUCGGGCUCGCAGCCACAGUCUGAGCUCUGCAGACAUUCUCUGGCUGCGCCAUCGCACCGUCAAGUUUCUCAUAACCGAUUCUGAUGAAGACGAUGAAACCACUGCUGAAGGUGUUCUUCAUUGUGUCAACAGCAGAGAGCGACCCCACAGUGCUGCACCCAGAGACCUGGUGUCCAGAGUCAAGGACGUGCACCUGGGCUACCCCUCACACAGAGCUAAACCCGAUACACCCCAGAUCAUCCAGGGUCACAGGGGUACUCCAUCUUUCCCAGACUGCAGGCUGCCUCUGCGGGCCCUGGGACAGCACAGCUCUCUCUGUCAGGGACAGAAAAACAGCAAGAGGCAGAGUUCCCAGAGUAGAAGACACUCCCAAAACACACCUCCUGCCAGAUCAUCCAAACUCCAGCAACAGAGACCCUCUUCUGCAGGACCUGUGGUCAAAAACCGCAGAAAAAAUGUCCUGACAGCCAGCACCUCCAACGGGGUUUUGCUCGACUCUGCAGCAGAACUUCUGACAGCUCUCAGCCAGGAGGAGCGGGAGAUACUUGAAACCAUCACAGAGAGGGGAUACCCGUUACGCACAGCUAUUCUGGCGCUGCAGAAAACAGGAUAUCGGAGCCCAGAGAAGAUCCUAAAUUACCUGGUUUCUAGUGAGCAUCUCUGUCAGCUGGGUUAUGAUGAAGCACAGGUGGAAGAGGCGUUGGAAAUGUUUCAGAACUGUGAGAGCAAGGCUGCCGAGUUCCUGCACCUGUUAGCCCAGUUUAACGAGAUGGGCUUCCAGCAAAGUGCAAUCAAAGAAGUGCUGCUUGUUCAUGAAAAUCACCGUGAGAGGGCUCUAGAAGAACUCAUGACCCGAAUGGCUUAG